AUGAAUGAUUGUCAAGUUAAUGGUUGUGUUGCACGUUACCGUCACUAUGCUAACCUUCUUCGGCAUUAUACGACUGGAAAACAUAAGAUGAAACUUGAAAAGCAUUCUCUGAUUGACAAAAGUAAAAUUCUUUUUCAUCAAAGUUUAACAACAAAUCAUCUUCGUUCAACUCCCUUGUUAUCAAUUACUGUUGUUUCACCUGGCAACAGCUCGAAAAUUCAACCACUUGCUCCAUUGUUCGUUGUUUUACGGCAAACCGGGCAAAAAAACUAUAAAAUUGUACUUGUGUUAGACAAUCUGCGUCGUUGGAUAAGGGA